CGGGUUGGCCGUGCAUCAGCCACUAUAGUAAAAUAACGUAGAAAUAACUAGUUUUUUUACUUUUUUUUUUUUAGAUUAUCUUUUUGUAUUCGUCUAUUCGGUAGUUACUAUAGUUAGUAUAUUAUUGUUACUCUGUCGCCGCCGACGUCGGCCUAUGCUCUUUGGCCAUAUCGGUAAUCAUAAAAACAAUCAUUAUCAUCCUCAUUAUACGCAAAACAAUUGUUAUUUUACACCCACCCGAAAUGCGAGUAAUAUUUCGGACGUCCGUAAUAUAGUGCCCACACGGAAAACGAGAAUAAUAAUUAUGCCGUAUGCGUACUAGUUGCUGACGGAAAUAAUUUUCUUUGUAUGGGACACUGGUAAAUUCGUAGAGAUACAGUGUUGUGUGUACUGUUUGUCGCGCGACUUAACAUACAUGGUAUUUUUGCGCCGCCUCUUUUACAAUAAUCUAGUUUGAUAACUGAACUGUAAACACAUAAAGAUUCACACAAUGGCUGCAGAAAGGGAAAUUGCUGCUGAAGACAGUAUCAAAGUCGUUUGCCGUUUUCGUCCUUUGAACGAUUCUGAAGAAAAAGCUGGUUCUAAGUUUGUAGUUAAGUUCCCUACAGGACCCGAUGAAAACUGCAUAACUAUCGGAGGUAAAGUUUAUUUAUUUGAUAAAGUAUUUAAACCAAACGCUUCUCAAGAUAAAGUUUAUGGCGAUGCUGCAAAAUCAAUUGUAUCUGAUGUUCUUUGUGGGUAUAAUGGGACAAUAUUUGCUUAUGGUCAAACAUCUUCUGGUAAAACACAUACGAUGGAAGGAGUCAUUGGUGAUCCAUCCAAACAAGGCAUAAUACCACGGAUCGUCAAUGAUAUUUUUAAUCAUAUCUAUGCAAUGGAAGAAAACCUAGAAUUCCACAUCAAAGUAUCAUACUUUGAAAUUUAUAUGGACAAAAUUCGUGAUUUAUUAGAUGUAUCAAAAGUAAAUUUGAGUGUUCAUGAAGAUAAGAACCGGGUUCCUUUUGUGAAAGGUGCUACUGAACGUUUUGUUUCUAGUCCAGAAGAAGUAUUUGCCGUAAUUGAAGAAGGCAAAGCUAAUAGGCACAUUGCUGUAACAAAUAUGAAUGAACACAGCUCAAGAAGUCACAGUGUAUUUUUAAUUAAUGUUAAACAAGAAAAUUUAGAAAAUGAAAAGAAACUAUCUGGAAAGCUAUAUCUUGUUGAUUUAGCUGGUAGUGAGAAGGUUAGUAAAACUGGUGCUGAAGGUACGGUGCUGGACGAAGCAAAGAACAUCAACAAGUCAUUAUCGGCUUUAGGAAAUGUGAUAUCUGCUCUGGCUGAAGAUAAAAAGACUCACAUACCAUAUCGAGAUUCCAAAUUGACACGUAUAUUACAAGAGUCUCUUGGAGGGAAUGCACGUACUACAAUUAUUAUUUGUUGUUCACCUGCAUCAUUUAAUGAGUCUGAAACUAAAUCUACUCUUGAUUUUGGUCGAAGAGCAAAAACAAUUAAAAAUGUUAUCACUGUAAAUGAAGAAUUAACAGCAGAAGAAUGGAAAAGACGUUAUGAGAAAGAAAAAGAAAAAUGUAUUCGUUUCAAAGCUAAAUGUGAAAAGUUGCAAUCGGAGCUCAACCGUUGGAGAUGUGGAGAAACUGUGAAAGAAGAUGAACAAGUUAAUUUACAAGAUCCAAUGGAGGCUUCAACUCCUAAUGUCCAAAUUGAUAUUAAAAAAGAACUAGUUGGACCAGUGCCUGCAGUACCAGGUGGUGUUAUGACUGAGUCAAUGUCAACUGAAGAACGACAAAAACUUGAAGAAGAACGUGAAGCUUUGUACCAACAACUGGAUGACAAAGAUGAAGAAAUCAAUCAACAGAGUCAAGAUAUUGAAAAACUCAAAGAACAAAUCAUGGAACAAGAAGAACUUCUAACAUCAACGCAGCGUGACUAUGAGCAGCUGCAACAAGAAAUGCAUCGUAUUACUCAUGAAAAUGAAAGUGCUAAAGAAGAAGUAAAAGAAGUGUUACAAGCUCUUGAAGAGCUCGCUGUUAACUAUGACCAGAAGAGUCAAGAAGUUGAUGUGAAAAACAAAGAAAAUGAAACUCUUGUUGAAGAGUUAUCUCAAAAAGAGUCUUCUCUAAAUUCGACUUCAUCUGAAUUACAACAAUUGAAAGACAUGUCAGCACAUCAAAAGAAACGUACUACUGAUAUGCUCUCAAAUCUUCUUAAAGAUAUUUCAGAGAUUGGUAUGGCGAUUGGCAGUGAAGCUGAACUCAAUCAACAAGCCAUUAGUGAUGGAAAUUGUAAAUUAGAAGAAGAGUUUACUGUUGCUAGACUAUAUAUUAGCAAAAUGAAAUCUGAAGUUAAAAAUUUAGUUCAGCGUUGUAGCUUCUUUGAAACCAGUCAAAAUGACACAAACAAAAAGGUUAAUGAUUAUGAGAAAGAACUUGCUGAGAGUAGAUUAAAAAUUUCUCAAAAUGAAGCUCGACUUAAGUCCAUGCAAGAGUCAUUAAAAGAAGCUGAAAAUAAGAAACGAGCUUUAGAAGAAAAUAUUGAUGCAUUAAGAGAAGAAUUUGCCAAAGUAAAAGCAGCAGAACAAGUGCAUAUUGUUUCGUCGUCUAAAGAAAAAGCAGAAGAAAAGGAAAAAGCAACCAGUAUGCGAGCUGCUCUUGAAGAACAAAUGGAUCAGUUGCGAGAUGUUCAUCAUAAACAAGUUUCUGAAUUGAGAGAUGAGAUUAGUGAAAAACAAACUAUAGUUACUGAACUUAAAGAUCAAGUACAGAAAUACUCAUUAGCACAGCAGCAAUUGCAAACCGAUUAUAACAAACUAUUGCAAGAAGACCAAGAAAAGAGCCAACGUUUGCAAGAAUUUGUUUUAGCAAACGAACGUCGUGAACAAGCUCGUAAGGAUCUGAAAGGCUUGGAAGACACUGUUACCAAAGAGCUUCAAACAUUACAUAAUUUACGAAAAAUAUUCGUUCAAGACCUGCAAUCGCGUAUGAAGAAAUCUGCUACUGCUGAAGAAACUGAUGAAGCAAGCAGUGGCGGUACACUAGCCCAAAGACAAAAGAUCAGUUUUCUGGAAAACAAUUUAGACCAAUUGACCAAGGUACACAAACAGCUUGUCAGGGACAAUGCUGACUUACGGUGUGAACUGCCCAAGUUAGAGAAGAGAUUACGUGCUACAAUGGAUCGUGUGAAGGCACUUGAAGCUGCAUUAAAAGAUGCUAAAGAAGGUGCCAUGCGUGAUAGAAAAAGGUACCAAUAUGAAGUAGAUCGAAUUAAGGAUGCUGUCAGACAAAAAAAUUUAGCUCGCCGUGGUCCUAUUCCCCAAAUAGCUAAACCCAUAAGAGCUGGUCAACAUAAUAUUAUUGCAAGUAAUCGAAUAAGUGAAGACGAACUUAAAAAACGAAAAGCAGCAGUUAUACCUGAAUUAACAGAGACUAGUUGAAGUGUUUUUUUACUCUACAUUAUACUUACAUACUCUUGCCAAAAAGCAUCGUUUUACUGCGUGGUGGAAGUAUUUGAUACAAAUUGAAUUUAUAUUAUUUACAGACAUAAUUUUUGCUACAUUAUUUUUAGUCUAUUAAUUAUUUUGCACUUGCGAUUUUUUUCAUACGUUUAUAAGUAAAAAUCUAUAUGCUACUAGUCAUCAUUUUCCCACUGCAUUUGUCUCGGUUGAAAGUGUUGAUAGUGUGGCUUCUGAAUACGUCUAAUGGUGCUGUGGUGUCUAUUUGCUAUCACCUCGUCUGUACUUGCAUAAAAAAAAAUCAUAACUAUUUGAUUUAUUUAUAUAUUUUAAUUAUGUAUUUAACUGCCCGAAUCUACAAACCUCCCAACCCAUCCACACAUUUGGCUUUAUUUAUGAACAUUUUAGCAAAAAAAAAAAAUUAUGGUAUUUUUGUUAUACAUUUUUUUUUUUUAAAUUAACUUCUAUUAAUUUAAUUUAUUUAAUUAAAAA